AUGCCCAUGUCUCCGUACGGAGCAAUAAAUCCCGCCAUCAAUUCAGGUAGUACUAGGAAUGAAGAAGACGGCAAAGACCGCAAUGUACAAGGUUUCGGCUACCGCGCAUUAAGAAACGUCGCAAGCGCAGCAGAAUCUGUACGAAGCUGCCGGAAGUACUUGUAUCUUCGAAACGGAUCCCUGAAACUUGAUCGGCGUGGCGCGCUGCAUGAUGCCCAGCCUUUCGAGGGAAGGGCUGAUGUAAGUUCGCGUUUGAAGGCGAACAGUCAUACGCGACUCGCAAUUUCGAACAUGCAGUGCUUUAAGGCGAGUCGCAUCUCGUACGAUUCAAGCUUCGAAUACCAAUCCUGA